CCAGCGACUGAUCUUCAUUACAACUCGGUCCUCGAGGUGAAGCGUCGUGUUUGUGUCUCUCCUGCGUUUAUGUUCGUGUUCAUCAGCUGUCUUUGUGCUUUCAUUUAUUAAAGCCAAGUUCAGUUUUACUCAGUUAAAACACAUUAAGCUCGUUUUUUUCUGCCUAAUCUUCAUGUUGGAGCCUGAAGCAGAUUUUGUGACCGAGUGCGAGUCUUUAGACAUGUCUAAUAAAGCAGUAACGGAUUCCACAGGAGACGUCCCACGGUCCUGUGCUGCUGUGGAGAUCAUCGCAGAAAUGGAGGACCAGUUGGAUUUUGCAAUCAAUGAUUCAACAGAAAUGGAGACUCCCUGUGAGAAAAAACACAACACCAUCAACACACACACGGAGCCUGCUCCCGUCUCUUCCGCCAUGGGCUCGGGCUCAGCUCUGUGGACGUGUCAGAGGGACGGCGAGGUGAAGCUGAGGAUGGGCGAGUCGGGGCUGGAGGCCGAACCUCCUCUCACCGUGAACCAGAUGUUCACACGUGCUGUGGAUCUGUUCGGCAAACGCACGGCGCUCGGAUGGAAGGAAGGAGAGAUGUGGAAGAAAAUCAACUUCGAGGAGUAUUACAGAGAGUGUCGCACUGCAGCCAAGAGCUUCCUGAAGCUCGGCCUGCAGCGCUACCAUGGAGUCGGCAUCCUGGGAUUUAACUCUCCUGAGUGGUUCAUCUCUGACAUUGGAGCGAUUUUGGCUGGAGGCUUUUCUGUAGGCAUCUACACCACCAACUCCCCCGAGGCGUGUCAGUACGUGGCCGAGAACUGCCAGGCCAACAUCCUGGUGGUGGAGAACCACAAACAGCUGCAGAAGAUCCUGCAGAUCCAAGACAAGCUGCCUCACCUGAAAGCCAUUAUCCAGUACAAAGACGCUCUGAAAGAGAAGAAACCAAAUCUUUACUCGUGGGAGGAGUUUAUGGAGCUGGGCCGGAACGAGCCGGAAGGUCCGCUCGAUGACAUCAUCGCAUCGCAGAAACCCAAUCAGUGCUGCAUGCUGAUCUACACAUCAGGAACCACUGGGCAGCCGAAAGGGGUCAUGCUGAGCCAUGAUAACUUGACAUGGACAGCGCUUGUGACGGCUCAGACGGUCCACAUUACAGAGGAGACUCAGGAGGUGGUGGUGAGCUACCUGCCCCUCAGCCACAUCGCCGCCCAGAUGGUCGACAUCUGGAUCACUAUGAGGGCCGGAGGAGCCACGUACUUCGCCCAGCCUGACGCCCUAAAGGGCUCGUUGGUGAACACCAUGCGUGAGGUUCGACCCACAGCGUUCCUGGGAGUUCCUCGGGUCUGGGAGAAGAUGCAGGAGAAGAUGAAGGCAGCCGGAGCCAAAUCGUCCGGCCUGCGGCGCAGAGUGGCGAUCUGGGCCAAAGGCGUCGGUCUGCAAACUAACCUGAGCAGGAUGGAGCAGAGCGGUGCGACACACACGCCACUGAACUAUCGCCUAGCCAAGCAUUUAGUGUUCAGGAAGGUGAGGAAGGCGCUGGGGUUGGACCGCUGCCGCCUCUGCUACACCGGCGCCGCACCCAUCACCAAGGACACGCUGGAGUUCUUCUACAGCCUGGACAUCCCGCUGAUGGAGCUGUACGGCAUGAGCGAGAGCAGCGGACCACACAGCAUGUCCGUGCACGAGGCCUUCAGACUCACCAGCUGCGGGAAGGUGAUCGCAGGUUGCAAGACGAAGAUCUUUAAUCCCGACGAGGACGGAAACGGCGAGAUCUGCUUCUGGGGCCGUCAUGUCUUCAUGGGCUACCUGAACAUGUUAGACAAGACGGAGGAGGCACUGGACGCAGACGGAUGGCUGCAUUCCGGAGACCUGGGCAAACACGACAAGGGCGAAUUUCUCUACAUUACAGGACGCAUCAAAGAGCUGAUCAUUACUGCUGGAGGAGAGAACAUUCCCCCGGUGCCCAUCGAGGACACAGUGAAGGAAGCCCUGCCCAUCAUCAGCAACGCCAUGCUGAUCGGAGACAAGUGCAAGUUCCUCUCCAUGCUUCUCACCAUUAAGUGCGAGAUAAACAGCGAGACAGGCGUCCCGGAGGACGAACUCACCCCCGAGGCUGUGGAGUGGUGCAGGAAGUUGGGCAGCUCGUCCACACGGGUGUCCGAGAUCUGUGGAGGACGCGACCACCUCGUCUACACCGCCAUCCAGGACGGCAUUAACAGAGUGAACCAGAGCGCCACCUCUAACGCCCAGCGCAUCCAGAAGUUCAUAGUGCUAGAUCACGACUUCUCCAUCACCGGAGGAGAGCUCGGUCCCACUAUGAAGCUGAAGAGGCCAGUUGUGCUCAAGAUGUACCAUGAACAAAUCGAGAACCUCUACAAGGAGGCGGCGACUCCGAGCAACCCCGAGAACCCGCUGCCUCCUAAAUAAGAUCUAUACCAAAGAACACACACACUCACACGCUUCUGUCUGUAUUCGUGUCGCUUCUAAGUGUGUGUGUGAGACGGUGUGUAACUUUUCACAAAGUCUCUUCUGUCUUUGCUGUUUUUUUUUUUUUGUUGGUGUUGUUUUUGAUCCAUUAAGCAUUUUUGUUUUUGUUUACACCUGCAAGCACAAUGCUAAAGAAAUACGAGCGACGUCGACGUCAAGCUGUGAAGUUCUUCUUGAAUUCAUUGCCAGAUUGUUUGUUUGUUUGUUUGUUUAUUUAUUUCCGAGGUGCGAUGAAGUCCGUAGAAGAGCCGUAGACUUAGACCCGAUUCAUCGUGAGCGUUCAGGCUGCCCGACAUUAUUUCAGGCUGCCCGACAUUAUUUAUAAUGAGCUUAUUUGCAGUUAUGAAAAUAAAGAAGUUUUUAAAAAACAAAAACAAAAGAAGGUGUGUAGCUGCAGUGUUCUUUAGUCUCCCGAUGUUCUAGACCUAAAGACGAUCUAGAACCGAUGCUGUAUACGGAUCUGUCUCUAUCUGUACAUCCCUCUGGAGAGACAGUCGUCGUCUUUCUCCGAGAACAUCCAUCCCAUGAGGUUCUUGCUGUAAAUGAAAGACGUACAGAAAUUUUGAGAGAGACUUGGGUUCUCUCCUUCGAUCGGUUUGCACUCCUGGGAGAACCGAGACAUUUCUGGAAAACUCUACACCAACGUACUUCCUCAAGGCUCCAAAUACAUAUCUGUGAUGCUAGAACUGUAGCCAGUCCAAAGAACCCUUGAGGAAACUGGUGUAGGUUUCUAAAAGAGAGGGAAUCCCUUUAGCGUGAGGCUCUGAUCGGUUAGUGUGGGUUCUACUGGGAACCUGUAUUCUUUGAAUUGUCCAAAGAACCCCAGAGGAACUCCACAACAUCGCCUCUUAAAGCUCAGAAUGUUAGAAGGAAAUUCUGGUGUAGAAAAAAAAACAAUAACCUAGAAACCUGUGUUAGAGUUCCAAUGGAAACCUUCAAGGUCCAUCAGACCCCCAAAGAACCUGAAAGCAUUCGAUGGGCUUCUACAUGGAAAGUUACACAUUUUGAGCCCUUUAGAAAGACCGAAGCGUUACGUAGCCGAGGAAUCGUCGAGGAUCUCCUGCUUUCCCUCCUGUUUAAAGCGCAGCCUGUCGAAGGUCUCCAUGAAACGUGAACAUUAAGGGGAAAAAUGACCGAGCCCUUAAAGGUUCACAUGGAUCUAAAAUCCAUCACGUGUUUAAAUGUUCACGACGAGACGUGACCUUCCUCCCGAUUCCUCCUUGUUCGAAGACGUCGACGAGGUUGUGGUAACGAAUGUGAACGUGUGUGUGUGUGUAGCACUGAGCACAGUGUAGAGAUGAGAAGUACUGCUUCUGACACUCAGGAUUCAUGCCAGUGAAAGCAGGGGUUUUGCAGGUCAGAUGUUUUUGCACUAUUUAUUGCCUCUCGUAUGUUUUGUUUGUUUUUUUUCACCAGCAGCAGAUUUAAAGCCACAAAAUCACACAAAAUUUGAAGCCAUGAAAGUUUUUUUUAUUUAUCCUUCUUUUCACCGCCAUGUUGUUUUGUUAAUGUUUCUAUUCAGGGUCUGAUUUAUUAUUGUAAUUAUUAUUGUUAUUUACAGUUUGCAGUGAACUUGUUCCAUAGUGUAAAUAGCUUCCUGCUCGAUCUGUGUGUGUGUGUGUGUGUGUGUGUGUGUGUGUGUUGAUCACGUGACUGAACGGCUGCUUUCGUGCCGUCGGAUGUUGUAAAAAGAAAAAGGAAAAAAGAUGAAGUGAAUAUAAAGAAUCUGUUUUUGAUAGUUUGGCAUGUGAUGUGACGAAUGAAAAGAUGGAAAUAAAACUGACUAAAAUCUGA